ACAACAAAUUUGUAAAUUUAAUUUUCUGACAUGUGUUUUUUAUGACAAUCACAUGAAAAAGCUAAGCUAAUUGGUGUUUGAUAUUAAUAAAUAAUAAAUACUGAAAAACGAUAUGUAUUCGAGCUGCUAGCAACAAAUCGAGGAAGAAACCUAGAUUCCAGAUCAGAGAACUGAAGAAAAGAAAAAUCCAAUCCCUUGUUUUUCUUCUGAUUUUUGGGCGAAAUUGAAGCCACCCAUCAUCACAAAUUACAGAUCCUUCCUUAAUUUCAGUGAUUUUCGUGCUAUGAGAAGGCGAUUUUAGAACUAGUGGAGGGGUUGUGCUGAUUUGAUUUCUGAAAGAUGGGUGAAAAAUUUUGGGCGAAUGAAGAAAAAAGGGUUGUGGUGGAAUCAGUUGUUGGUAGUGAAGCUUGUGAGUUCUUGAUUUCCUUGGCAUCUACCAAUAUCUUACCACAGGAUUCCUUGCAAUUUUCUCUUGGUGAUUCAAGUGUGAAUCAAGGGUUAAGCCAAGUUUUGGAUGGUUCAAGUUGGAAUUAUGCAAUCUUUUGGCGUGUUGUUAGCUUGAAAUCUGGGGCUUUAGCUUUGAUUUGGGGUGAUGGGAACUGUAAUAAUUCAAAGAUUGAGAUUGGAAUUUCUGGUGGGGAUGUUCAAGGAGGGAAGAAAGAGGAAUUGAAGAGACAAGUACUUCAAAUGCUUCAAUCCUCUUUUGGAGGAGCUGAUGAAGAUGGAUAUGGGGCAAGGAGAGGCGAAGCGUCGGAUAUCGAGAUGCUUUACUUAACUUCGAAGUAUUACAAGUUUAUGUGCGACUCGGGGAGUAGUCUUGGGGACUCGUACAAAUCCAGUAAGUCUAUAUGGGCUUCGGAUGUAACGAAUUGUUUGCGUAAUUACCAAUCGAGGGGAUUUUUAGCUAAAGUGGCUGGUUUGCAGACAUUGGUGUUUGUACCAGUAAAGUUGGGAGUUGUUGAACUUGGAUCUGUUAAAUCAAUUCCUGAAGAUCAGGUUGUUCUUGAUUUGAUUAGAGCUGCUUUUGGGGGAUCAAAUACUGCCCAAUUGAAGGCCUUCCCGAGGAUCUUUGGACAUGAACUAAGUUUAGGUGGAACAAAGCCUCGAUCGCUUAGUAUUAAUUUUUUGCCAAAGUUAGAAGAUGAUACGAAUUUUGCUUCAGAAGGUUAUGAGCUGCAAGGUUUAGGUGGUAAUCAUAUAUUUGGUAACUCUUUAAACGGUUGUCGAAGCGAUGAUAAUGAUGCAAAGAUGUUUCCACAUGGAAAUCAAGAAGCUGUGGGGGGUUUCAAUGCUCAAACAAGGCUUUCGACUAUGGAGUUCCCGAGAGAUGAGUCGUCUCCUCAAGGAGAUGACAGAAAACCUAGGAAGAGGGGGAGAAAACCUGCUAAUGGGAGAGAAGAACCAUUGAAUCAUGUGGAAGCAGAGCGGCAGAGACGUGAGAAACUUAACCAACGAUUCUAUGCGUUAAGGGCUGUUGUCCCAAAUAUCUCUAAGAUGGACAAGGCUUCUUUGCUCGGCGAUGCUAUUACCUAUAUCACUGAUCUCCAAAUGAAAAUUAAGGUUAUGGAGACUGAAAAACAGAUCACUAGUGGCAGGGAGAAAAACACAGAGAUCGACUUUCAUGCAAGAGAAGAGGAUGCUGUUGUGAGGGUGAGUUGUCCGUUGGACUCGCACCCUGUUUCUAGAGUAAUCAAAACAUUUAGGGAACAUCAAAUUGAAGCUCAAGAAUCCAAUGUUACGACCAGCACUGACAACGAAAAAGUUAUUCAUUCAUUCUCCAUUAGAACUGAAGGUGGUGCUGCAGAACAAUUGAAGGAGAAGCUGGUGGCUGCCCUGUCAAAAUGAUAUCGUGUGUAAAAAGUAUCACUUCUAUAUAUAUAUAUAGGGCCAAGCCUCAACACGUUGAUUUUCAUGUAGUUCUAUGAUUAGUGUAUGUACUUUUGUUGUAUUAAAAUGUGGAAAUUGCUUAUUAGUGAAGUUUGUAAAAGCCAAGUUGCCUUCUUCCUCUGUUUAUUUAUAAUGUCUAAAUGUAUCAUGUUCUGUAUUGGUUUGGCAAUUGAUGUAAGUUAAAACAUCAAUUAUUAAUUGAACUAAUGUUUAAAUA